UGAAGACUUCGAUCACUUGAAGUUAAACAAACACACUCCGAUCAAAAGUCCCAAUCGCUCUCCUCAACAUACGAAACGUCCACUGUAAUUUAUCGCAGAAAGCUAGGGUUUCGUAAUCACUCUGAACUCCAAUUCACUUUCAUCGCCAAACGCACCAUGAACUGUGAAGUUUGCCAGCUCAAAGAAUUGGAAGUUGAGCAAUUUGAGAUACGCGAAGUUCUGCGCUGCAUACUUCACACAAUAGUUUUUCAUCGGGCUUUAGGUCUUGUGCGGCCCAAAGACGUUGAUUUGGAACUUUUUGAAAUUACAUAUGUUCAAUGUGGUGAUAUGGAACUUGAGAAGAAAAUAGAUGAGAAGAUUGAGCAAUUCAUUAGUUGGGUAGAAAAACACCCAAACAAGAAAAGUCAGAUCUGCUUGUCUUUCUUUGAAGUAAAAAACAAACAGGCAAAAUGGUUCACUCCUAAAACAGAAAGGCUACAGUGGGAACAGUGGUAUAUUAAUUUGAAUGUGGCCCAACACCCCAAAGCACAUUCUGGCAAAUCUCAUAAUUCUAAAGUCGUAGUUGAUCCAGGAGAGAGUGCAUUGGAAGAGAGAAUGGCUCGCAGAGCUGUGCUUGAAGCAUCUCUUCAUGAAGUUUUGUUCCAAAUAAUAAAAUUUGUGAAUGAAAAGAAAGAUCAUGUUCCCCCUAUACCGAAUCUUGAGGGUGUAGUCUGGUUUCCCCAUGAAAUUACAAUCCCAAGUUCCUCGGAUUCUGCAUUUGGAAUGGACAUGAUCAAAAGGAUGCUGCAGACGGGCCAUCCAACCAUGCUUAGCUGAUGAGCUACGUACGUACCGCUUUGCUGAUCUGCUUCUGAAAGUAAGUUGAUUCACAUGUUCACGGUGACUUGAAACGCACAUGAAUGUGUCGAGUCGGUAAUCUUUUUCAAGCAAGGUUUGUUUGUAUGUAAAGAAGUGAAUUCUAAGUGGGUAGUUUGCCCUUUCUUUAUGUAAAUAUUCUUCCCUUCCAAUUUUGCUUCCAUUUAUCUUUA